ACCGUACCUUCUCCAACAAUUCAGGGCUCCGAAAGCGCUCUGCUGCCUCCCUCAGCGCCGACGUACUGCUGGAUAUCGCCCGGCCGGGAAACUCCAACUUAUUUCGCCUACGCCGGCCUUCAUCGCCGAUCGAUUCUGAUCGGAGGUUGCGAUAGAUUGCUAAGAGCCACCAAAAGGGCCACCAUGGCUAAGAGCGGGGGCAGCUCCAGCAGUGGCAGCUUCGAUGGAGCCAACAAAAGGCCGUUGCAGGAUAGCGUUGGAGGCUGUGCCCAGGAGCACGCCAAGAAUAGGAAGACUCGCGUCGGCGUGAGAACAGACUACACAUAUGCACCUUAUCAUGAUGGCUUCCAGUGGAGAAAAUAUGGCCAGAAGAUGAUCAGGGGCAAUAUAUUCCCAAGGUGCUACUACAGGUGCACGUACCACCAGGAUCACGGCUGUCCGGCGAGCAAGCACGUGGAGCAGAGCAACUCCGAGGACCCGCCCCUGUUCCGGGUGAUCUACACCAACGACCACACGUGCAGCGGCGCCUCGGAGCAGUACUGCUACAUGGCCUCCUCGAUGCAGAUCCAGCAGAUCGCCGACGCCUCUCUCAGAAAGCCAGCACCGGAGACGACGCCAGCGCCGCCGCUCCCGCAGCAGCAGCAGCUGGCUCGUCGCGGCCGUGCUGCCGCCUACGCCGCGGCGAUAAAACAAGAGAAAGACGCCAUCGUCUCCUCCCUGCUCACAGUGAUCAGAGGCUGCGAGGUCGACGUUGUGAAGUCUGAACCUGUACAUGAGAACUACGGUGCCGGUGCGUGUAUGUUGUCGCCGCCGGUGGCCGGAGGAGCUAGUGGCCUUGAAGGAAGCGGUAGCUCUUUGGUUUCUCCCGUGGCGGUGCCGGCACCGGAUGACCUGGGACUGGACUUCAUGGUGGAGUCACUGGACCCAUGUUGGUUCGAGCCGUUGGAUUUGGGUUGGUUCAUAGAAUCCACGCACCCUAUCUGAGUUUGCAUUAUGUUAGAGCGACUAGCUUUCCGUUUGUAAUUAUGGAGUCCAUUUUUUUUGGAGAUGUGGUGGGAGAAGAGAAUACAUAUCCUUGCCACACUUCAAUAACUAAUUAAGGGAGUACAAUAAGAGCUGACCGUAGGUGUGGGUGGGUUCAUAACACAUUUUUGCCCACCCAAUACACCCGGAGAGAGCUAUUUUUUUUGUAAGAUGUCACUCAUAUCCAUCUAUUCUGCUUUUAGAAAGAAACAGAGUAUAUAUGCAAUUUUUGCA